ACAUUGUGUAUGAGUGUGUGUGUUGGAGUGUUUAUCAAUUCAACACAACAAUUCUUAUCAAUAAUAAUAGAGGAAAAUAAAAUAUUCAUCAUCAUAUUUUACAUGAUAACAUUUUUACAAACGUGGCAGUAUUUACAUAGUCAGUUUUUAUAUGAUAUUUUUCAUUUCGCCUGUUUGACGAGUAUAAAAAAUAACAAUUAAUUUUGAUACAGCUAUUUUUUAAAUUUCUAUUCAACUAAAGGUUAUAAUAAAUUAAAAAAAAUAUGACAAGUAAAGAACGUAAAGUUGCUUUGAUAACUGGUAUCACCGGUCAGGAUGGCUCAUAUCUUGCUGAAUUUUUAUUAGAAAAAGAUUAUGAAGUACAUGGAAUAAUAAGAAGAGCAAGUUCAUUUAAUACUGGAAGAAUUCAACAUCUUUAUGCUGAUCCAAAAAGUCAUAGACAAGAAAAAAUGAAAUUACAUUGGGGUGAUAUGACUGAUUCAAGUAGUUUAGUUAAAGUUAUAUCAACAGUACAACCAACUGAAAUAUAUAAUCUUGCUGCACAAAGUCAUGUUAAAGUUAGCUUUGAUUUAUCUGAAUAUACUGGUGAAGUUGAUGGUAUUGGAACAGUUAGAUUAUUAGAUGCAAUACGUACAUGUGGUUUAGAAAAAAUUGUUAAAUUUUAUCAAGCAUCAACAUCUGAAUUAUUUGGUGGUAAAGAUUCAUCAAUACCACAAAAUGAAAAUACACCAUUUUAUCCACGUUCACCAUAUGCAUGUGCCAAAAUAUAUAGUUACUGGAUUGUUGUUAAUUAUCGUGAAGCAUAUGGUUUAUAUGCAUGUAAUGGAAUAUUAUUUAAUCAUGAAAGUCCAAGAAGAGGUGAAAAUUUUGUAACUAGAAAAAUAACACGUAGUAUUGCUAAAAUACAUCUUGGUGCACAAGAUGUAUUAGAACUUGGUAAUUUAAAUGCACUUCGUGACUGGGGACAUGCUAAAGAUUACGUCAAAGCAAUGUGGAUGAUGUUACAACAAGAAGUAGCUGAAGAUUAUGUUAUUGCAACUGGUGAAAGCCAUAGUGUACGUGAAUUUGUUGAAACUGCAUUUAAUCAUGUUGGAACGACAAUAGUAUGGGAAGGUGAAGGAAUCAAUGAAACUGGAAAAAAUAAAGAAACUGGUGAAAUACUUGUUCGUGUUAAUCCAAAAUAUUUUCGUCCAACUGAAGUUUAUACACUACUUGGUGAUGCAACAAAAGCCAAAAAGAAAUUUGGAUGGGAACCAUCAGUUUCGUUUGAGGAACUUGUCAAGGAUAUGAUGGAAUCAGAUUUAGCAUUGAUGAGAAAAGAUCCAACAGCAUAGUAUCAGUAUUAAAAUUUAAUGUGCAAUAAAUAAUAAUUAUUAUUAAUAAUUAUUAUUAUCAUUAUCAUUCCUCGAUCGGUGAGUACUGAAAUAAAUGAUUACUGGUCGACGAUUUUAUACAUUUUUUUUACACCAGUCAACUUUUUUUAAAACCAAGUUAUUGACAAAUUAUAAAUUAAAUAAAUUCAUGUAAAAUAAAUGAAAUAAUAAUAAACAUUUUAUUUAAAUAAUUAAAUUCAUAUGUAUAUAUUAUGAUUAUUUUUUUUUUAAUGAUAACAUCAUAGUCAUUAUUGAUAUUUGAGUUUCGAAAUAAAUUAAAAUAACAAAAAAAA